UAUUGUAAGUGUUAUGUAAAUUAUCACGAUCCUGUUUUAAAACAGUCGAUUGCCAGUUUAAUUAAUUUUUACCUGACUGACAAGUACACCUGUAUUCGCACGGAUGGAAGACUAAAAACCCAAUAAAUUUAACUCCACAUUUUAAGUCCUUUGUAGAAGAAAUCGCCUCUAUAUUCUAAAACACUCACCAUUAUCUGAAGGUUCGUUUUAAGUAGCCUUUUGUGUCACUCCUAAAUUUAUCCUGGCGUGCAAAAAUUGUCACGUUUUGGACAGAUACUAAUUGCAAACACUUUGGAAAUCAGCUGCUCUAAAAAAAAUAAAUUUUAUUCUGUUCACUUUGUGAAAUUUGGUUAUAAGAUGUCUCGGUGUGCCCCCCUGCGGUCAAGUAAAAGAAGCUCUCCUUUCUUGCUCUGGUUCGACGAAGCUAAGGAUUCGACAGGGGAGAAAUGAACCACUCCGGACCAUUUGAAAGCGAUAACAAUUCAAAUACAGAAGAUCUCGCUAACAAUGGGGCUAUGGUCAUCAUCAACUGUUUUCUCAAUGUUUCGUUGAUUCUCACAGCCAUUCUGGGCAACGCUUUGGUAUUGACCGCCAUUUUAACUACUCCUUCAUUUCGCUCACCCUCCAUGAUUAUGCUCUGCAAUCUCGCUGUUGCAGACUUUCUCGUGGGACUCAUUACUCAACCGUUUUAUAUUAUAAAGGAACUCACUGAAAACCGUCUUUUGGACAUUCUAUGGGAUACGUUAGCCUAUUCCUUUUGCGGAGUCUCACUGCUGAUCAUUACGGCUAUAAGUGUGGACCGUUUCAUGGCUCUUCACUAUCACCUGCGAUAUUCUAGUUUGGUGACUAUAUCUCGUGUUAAAUUUGUGAUAGCUCUGGUAUGGUGCAUCAACUUUCUUUCAUCGGCUGUUUACUUUUCGAACCACUUUAUCUAUCACUUUGCAAUAGCAGUCAUUACGGGAAUUUGUCUUAUAGUUUCCACCUUUUCUUACAUGGGAAUUUAUCGCAUUGUUCGUCGGCAUCGGUUACAGAUUCACACUCAGCAGGAAGCGAUGCAAUGUUCCACUUCUGAAGACGACCUACAUUAUGUGCGAAUGAAGCAAAGUGCGCUUAACACUUUCAUAUUUUACAUAAUUUUAGUCAUGUGCUAUCUUCCAAUGUACAUUCUGUUGACUCUUCAUGGACUCUCACAGAAACCCUGGCCAACUGAGUGGAACUUUGCCACAACUUUGGUGUUUACGAAUUCUUCUAUCAACCCAUUCUUGUUCUGCUGGCGUUUAAGGGAGCUUCGAGGGGCAGCUGUGAAGACAGCGAAAAAGAUUUUCUGCAUACAAAGCGAAUCAGAAUAGUCAGAGCUACUAAUUUUGGUUUUCAUGUGUUUUUGAAUUGCGGCUAAGUUAGAUGUCAUCAAAAAAACGGGGCAUAUUUUAAUUUGUUUUUUAUGUCGUGUCAUUUUGUUCCUGUUAAUUUUCUCGAAGUAGAUGCAAAAUGGUAGUUUGAUUGCAAAUGUUCACGCAAUGUCAGUCAAACUCGAAAGUUCCAAUUUAGUGUAAUGCUGGCUGUCAUUAUAAAUCAUAAAAAGACUUGUUUUUAAUCAAUUUUAUGAAGGCUAAAAGAACUAUAAAAUUUUAUGAGUCGCUCACAUUGAAUUCGGCAUCGAUUACAAUUAUCGUCAAAAAUAUAUAUAUAUAUUCAAAAACGCAUGGGAAAUCAUCGUUGUUAUAUACACAACUUAACCAGAUGUGAAAAUAAAACCUGGAAAGAAAAUACAUGCUAGAUCUUUAUUUUCACAAUUGCUUAAGUUGUGCUUACAACUGUCAUAAUUUCCACGCCUUUAAAAUCUUUCUCGCAUUUCAAAAUAUGAUCUCUCAUAUAUUGAAGUGCCGCGAUAUAACAUAGGGUCUUUUGACUGGAAUACAUAAUGUGAUAGGUGACUUUAAUUAUUUUUUAUAUACAUAUAUUUUGAAUGGGAACCAUAGAAAACGGGCAUAACCAGAGUUAUAGGCAAUAAAAGUAUCUUUGUAAGUUCAUAAUACGCGUUGGAUGUGUUAGUUGGGAGUCACCAUGUAUUAGGUUAAAAAUAGAUUUCCUUUCUACCAGAUAUUCUGAAGACAGUAUGAUAAACGACGCAAUAGAAACCCGAAUCAGUCGUUAGAUAUGAUUAUCAUUCUUAUCGCAUACGGGGCAAAAUUGCCGAAUGCUGAUUGGCUGAGAGAGAGGGCAUUUUUUUUCUUAAUCACGAGGGCUUGAUGCAGAUUGGCUGAGCACGCCUGCAUUAAGUUGAUUUCCCGCUUCAAACGGAUUUUGAAAAGGAAUUUUAGAAACCCAUCCCUUCUGAGUUUGCUAAAAGUGGUUAUUUCAUCUUAACGUGAAAGAAAAUCGAAAUGCAGCAAAGCGCAGUCUUUUGGUGGAAAAGCAAAAGGAUUUUUCAAUUCAAAAAUGUAUUGAUUCGCAGCCUGAAAAAAGUUUGAGUGGGGAAGGCUGGUGUCGCACGAAGCACAGAGUUACAGAACUUCACGGCUGCAAAACUGAAAGUUAAUUUCUUUGUUUUGUUUCGGGUCGCCUUAUUAGUAUCACAGGUCACCUUAUCGGUGUAAAGAAACAGCGUAAAUUUUGUUGGUAAGUUGAGUUUUCGUGGUAAAAAGGAGAGUUUUGGAUUCAAGAAGUUA